UAUUGAAAUUUACAAUGCAUAUUGCAAUGUUUGCAACUUCGUGAUGAUGUUAUGAACCUCAAUGACAGUCCGACGUUUCCUGUUUGUAUUUUAAUACUGGAUUAAAAUGCUGAGACUUUUUACGGACAGAGAAUACGGCAUUGAUAGCCCGAUGAUAUUGUCCAGAGCGGAGACAACCAGGAGAAUAUUUAGUUUAGAACUUAGUAAACACAGAGAUGUUGACCGAGUCCAUGAUGGUGGCAUCAAUAGCUUGGACAUAGAUCUGAUAGAAUCGAGAUAUUUGUUAUCGGGAGGGUCGACUGGAGGAAUAUCUAUUCAUGAUCUGGAGAAUUUCAGUGGGAAUGUGAAGCACUCCUAUAAGCAUGUCUGUGGAGUGGACCGAUCCAACAGAUACAUGCACAAACACAGCAUCCAGACUGUUCAGUGGUACCCGUUAGACACGGGCAUAUUCACCUCCAGUGGAACUGAUAAACUAUUGAAAGUGUGGGACACCAACAGGCUUGUGCCUGCAGAUACCUUCGAGUUCAGCACCAUUGUAUACAGUCAUCACAUGUCUCCCAUCGCCACCAAACACAACCUGCUUGCUGUCGGAUGUCAAGGAUCAACUGUGAAGCUGGUAGAUCUGAAAGCUGGGUCAGCGACCCACAUGCUGAAGGGACACAAGUCUUGUGUCAUGUCAGUCAAGUGGUCUACAAGGGAUGAGUUUAUUUUGGCAACUGGCAGCACUGACAAUCGGGUCCUGCUGUGGGAUGUUCGUGCUGCCAAGGGGCAUCUGAUGUCGCUAGAUCAACAUAAUGGAGAAGCAGCAUCCUCGGUCGCCAAUUCCACAACUGCCCAUGGUGGACGAGUGAAUGGUUUGAGUUUUACCCACGAUGGCUUGUUCCUGGUGACAUUUGGAACAGACAACAGGCUACGUUUGUGGAACACGUAUACUGGAAAAAACUGUAUGGUGAAUUACGGCUCUAUAGAAAAUGACAGUAAGAAAAACAUCCAGAUUGGUCUCUCCCAAGGUGGCUGCCCGGAUGUGAUCUUUGUGCCAAAUGAUGGUAACAUUGACAUUUUAGAUCUCCAUAAAGGCGGCUACAUCAACACAUUACGAGGGCAUUAUAACGUUGUCAACUGCUGUCUGUUUAACACAAACAGUCAUGAACUGUUCAGCGGAGGAAGUGAUCGCAACAUUCUGGUCUGGGUUCCCCACACAGACAGUGCUUAUGAUGAGCAUCUCAAGGAUGACUCUAAGAGCAUACAAAAUCCGAGUUUUGUGAAGAGAAUAGCCGCGACGGCUGACACCUGGAGCAGUGAUGAAGAUGAAUGAUGAACGUGCGUACACAGCUUGUCUUGUUAUAUAUUGUGAAGAUAUUUGGACUUCUUCCAUGUCAAUGCUUACGCCCCAUUUCUCGUGUCCGCCGCCGUGAUAUUGCUGGAAUAUUGCUAAUAGUGGCAUAAAACAACACUCACUCAUGAGUGCUAACAUACAAAGUCGGUUGGUUGGUUGGUUUGUUAUUUAACGUUG